CUGCUUUGUACAUUGUGCAAUAAAGAGGAGGUGACCACAGUUUAGGGGCAACUCAUUGGCAGUAAUAUGGCUUCAUUAGAAAUCAUCUUUAUCACAUCAGCACUGCUGGCUGGGGUCUGCGCUGCAGGUCCGCAACCAUUAAGGGUGACAACGAUCAAGGAGGACCCUUAUGUGAUGUCUAAAGGCUCUGAGCUGGAAGGUUUCUGUAUUGAUCUGCUGUCAGCUCUCUCUAAGAAACUGGACUUUAAAUAUGAUGUUCACGUGGUGAAGGACAGCCGAUAUGGCACAACCGAUGACAGUGGCAACUGGAACGGCAUGAUUGGAGAGGUUAUCAGAGGCGAAGCAGAUAUCGCAGUGGCACCGCUCACACUUACAGCAAAACGUGAGGCAGCAGUGGACAUGACUAAACCUUACAUGCAGACUGGCAUUAGCUUCAUCCUGAGGAAGGAUCUGGUCUCUGAAGACUUCCUCAGUCUGAUCAACCUCUUCUCCACUGAGAUGUGGAUCGGUGUGCUGGUCGCUUACCUGUUGACCUCUGUCUGUAUCUUCUUAGUGGCACGGAUUAGCCCCUGUGAAUGGGAGCAACCAGAGAAAGAACAGAAUUCCUUCACACUGUCACACAGUUUCUGGUAUACUGUUGGAGCACUGACACUUCAAGGUGCUGGUCCUCACCCCAAGGCCUUGUCAGGACGGAUUAUUUCCGCCAUCUGGUGGCUGUUUUCAAUACUGCUGCUUGCCUGUUACUUUGCCAACAUCAGUUCAUGGCUGCAUACAGACAACGAACAACUGUCAAUCAGGAGCUUUGAAGACCUUGCCAAUCAAAACUUGAUCGAGUAUGGCACCAUUAAAGAUUCUUCAUCUUUUGCCUUCUUCAAGAACUCCAACAACCCAACGUACCACAGAAUCUACGAGCACAUGAAGAAAGCCCAAAGCGUUUCUCUCAGUAUGGAGGAAGGCAUUCGCAAGGCUCAAAAAGGAAACUAUGCAUUCAUCGGCGAGUCUGUGUCUCUGGAUCUGGCAGCGGCGAGGUACUGUAACCUCACACGAGCCCCGGAAAUCAUCAGCAUGAGGGGCUACAGCAUUGCUGCACCUUUGGGUUCUCCUUUGAUAAAAAACCUCAGUGUUGCUAUUCUCCAUCUGAGUGAGUCUGGUGAGCUAGAUUAUUUCCGAAGUAAGUGGUGGGCGAGCAGUUGUGUGGCUAAAAAUGGCAAGAGCUCUCCACUGACGCCUGCCAGUCUGAAAGGAAUCUUCUUAUUACUGGUGCUGGGUCUGGGACUGGGACUCUUCGUGGCUCUCAUGGAACUGGCGGCCAAAUCACGCAACAUCGCUAACACUCAGCAGAAAUCCUGCUGUUCCGUGUUGUCUGCUGAGCUCAGCCAGCGCUUUAGAGGUGGUGUGGUGAUGUCACAGGAAUCUUCUGACAAAAACAAAGCCUAAACCUCAUCAAAGCACUCACACAUUCAUUUAAUCACUCAAUGUUCAGAAUCUCCAGUACAAAGUUAUUAUAUGUAUUACUAAUUCAGCUGGGUAAUACUCAUUAGCUAUAGACAAUAUAUGGCACUAUUAAUUCCAAUUUAAUUAAACAAAUCUAAGGUUUAGUUUAAUUUAGGUUUAGCUGAGAAAAUGAAGGAUACGUCAAUAAUUAAAUGAUACAUUAAUAACAUGUUCUUUAAGCGAUAUCACACAGUAGUGCUGAUAUUCAAUACAACAGCACAGUUGCGAGUGUGAUUAUUGCUUUUAUACAACAGUAUCAUAAUAGAGAAAUUUAUGUAGAUUGACGUAUGUUUCAGACUAAAUUUAUCUAGUUAGUUCUUUGAUUUGUUCUCUGCCCAAUGAAAAUAAUUACAAAAGUAGCCAAAGCAUUAAGCUUUGCAUGUCACCACAGACAGGUGGAGUGAUACAAACCGUGAAGCGCCCCAGUGCUGUUAUACUAAAAAUCAGAACUCUUGGAAUGCCCCUUGUCCAAUCAAAUUAGAGGACUGGAACUAACUGUUGUAUAAUACAAGCUUAUUUACAUUGCAUAUAUGUUUAAAAAAGUUUAAUUGGAGCAAAUACCUAAAUUUAUAAGAAUGUACCUGAAUUUACCUGAAUUCUGACAAAGUUGUUAUAUUCAACGUGUUUAUUUUGGGGUUAUUGAGGUCACUUAAUAACUGAACAAUACAGAUCAUUAAGUAAAAACAUGCAGAUUAUUGAGUACUUUCUGCAAUGACUGUAUAUACUGUAUACACAGCCUUGAAAAGAAUUCAGACCCUUAUUUUAUUGUGCCGGUGUUUUUUGUUAGAGAACUUUCUUAACAAAAAUAAAAAUGCUGAAAUAUGCUAUCUGCA